CUAUUUGAUCCACAGUUAAUGGACAUGCCCAAGGCAACACGAAUUCUGUUAAGUAACAAUAUCAACCAAACCGGGAAAUGUCAAAACGCAAAGAGAGCGCCAUGUCACGGUGAGACUAUUAAUAACUGGGGGCAAUAAAUAACUGUGGCAAAAAAGGAGAGUGUUGUUGGAUUACUUUACGAAGACAACAGAGGGCAGUGUUGACAAAGAAUCCAAGGUUUUCAAUAAAGGCUGUUCAAUAAAAGGUUAAAGUUGGAUAGGCACUCUGUAUCUACAACUUUGUAAUUUUAUAUACUGAUUAGCCUGAAUUCAAUAGUAAAGCUCCUAACUGAAGCCCUCUUUGUUUACAGAUCAGAGUUAACAAGGGAGCUCUUGGGCCGGUACAUCUCAGACACCCUCAGCCACAUUCACACAGUGAGGGAGUUCUGCGACAGGCAUUCCAAAUGGGCCCUUCAGAGGGAGACAGAACUGGAAAUGAUGAGGGACAUCAAGGAGAGGGCAGACAGAAUUGACCUUAAGUUCGACCAUGUCCGUAACUCGGCGACCAAGGCCAAGGCGUUUGGGGAGUUCGUAUGGAGCGGUCUGACCCAGGUGACUGCAGACAGUAGGCGUGAGGAGCUGGAGAAGGAGCUGGGUGCUGUACUAAAGGACACUCUGGGAGGCCUGGAGAAGCUGGAUUACUUCCUGGAUGCUAUGGAGUGUCUGGCAGUCACCUGUCUGUUCGUGUUUGAGGAGAACAGGUUCCUCUGUCUGCCUCUGGGGACGAGCCCUGCCAGUGUUCAGGCUGUCAUCAUUGCUGCCAGAAUAGCCUGCCCUCUCCUCAUCCACUUUAAGAGGGAUGCUAAGGCCUUCUUUAUGCCCAGCCUGCUCAAUGUAGAGGUGCUGGCCUUCCAGCUGGAUAGAUACAUACAAAUCAGCCAGCAGCUCUGUAAGAGGAUGGAGAAGCGGUAAGUGGAGCUCCCAUCACAAUUUCUUCAACAUUAACUUAUGUAAUGUUCUUCAUUGCCAUUUUACAAACACAUGAUGUCAAUUUUUUCCUUCUAGAUUACAGAUCAGACCACAGCCUGAGAGUAAACUUGGGUAAGAUCCCUCACACAGUUUUAAUAUCAGCAUUCAUUUUAUAUUAGCAUAGUUGUACUAUUUUCCUUUCAUUUUUGUCCUUCUCAGAUGUCAUUUGACAAGGUUAUUUGGCUUAUGUGAUAUAAUUCCAAUGCCACAUAACAAUGUAAUGAAUAUAAUGUAAUGUUGAAAUUAAUAUGCAUUGUUACAGUAGCUACAUCAGUGAAAUGCUGUUUUGGAAAAAGAAGAAUUACAUCCCUGUGGUCAACCUUGGUGAUGUGAGGGAAGAGUCCAUACAAAAUAUGCUCCAACAUUUGAAUCAGCUGAGUGAUAUCAGGUAGGUUAUUCUGCCAUGGUUUGGUUCUUCUCUUAAAACCUAUGUUGACAUUUUUUAACAAGAUUCAAGAACUAGUCUAUUGGAAUACAGUAAAUAGAUAUCUUCCCCCUCUGUCAGGAUGGACCAGCACCUCAGACUGACGUUCCUGUUCCAAGAGGCUGCUCAGUGCUUCAUUGGCCGGUUCAGCCAGCGCCGACCCAGGAUGGAGCAGUUUCUGACCAAGCUGGAGGAGAGUGCUGUGCAGCUGGACAGGAUGAAGCUGGGGGCUAAGAUCUCCAGUGUGGCAGGCAGCUCAGUGGGGGUGGCUGGAGGGAUCCUAACCAUCGUGGGCUUAGCUCUGACCCCUGUCACUGCUGGGGUGUCAAUGGCUCUCACUUAUGCAGGGGUCAGCCUGGGGGUCACCAGUGGGGUCAACAGUUUAACCACUGGCAUCACAGAGAUGAACGUCAAUAGCAUCCAUGAGAAGAAAGCCAGUAAAGUCUUCCAGAGUUUCAUGGAGGACGUGGAGAGUCUCCAGGAGUGUCUGGAGGAUGUGGCCAGGAAUAUGGAGCCCAUCCUGGGGCAGAGCAGGGUGGACAUGGUUGGAGCAGGGAAGGUGAUUGCCACCACUGGGGCCAUCGGAAAAGGCAUUGACUUCCUAGUUGACCUUUCCUCAGGUUUGAAGCCGGUGAAAGUCCUUAGAAAUGAAGAUCUGAUCACAAGCGCUGGUAAGUUGGCGCUCCAGGAAGGCAAAGCAGCACAAAACCUGCCCAAGCUAGCAGGGGACAUCCCGGGCAUUGGACAGGUGGCCCCACUAGCCCUCUCCAAGUCAGCGCGGGCUGGUCUCAUCAGCAUCAACGCCCUCUUCAUUGGCCUGGAUGUCUUCUUCAUCUGUAAAGACAGCGUCGGCCUGGCCAAAGGCAGCAAGAGUGAGAGGUCUCAGCUCAUCCGUGCCAGAUCAGCAUUGUGGCGCACAGAGCUGGACUCCUGGCAGAGGAUCCAUGACUCGCUGUGUAGAGGUCAAUUCAUGUUAGAGAAAAGCCAGAUUGUCCUGGAGCAGCCAUUUUACCCUCUGGAGGAGAAGCGGAGAGGGAAAAACUCCAUGUGUAUGACGCAGUAAGACAACGUCAAUGACUUAACAGUCUUUUAAGUUAGGGCCUCUCAAACAAACUGUACAGUGGCACUUAGAAUGUUCAACAAUUAAACAUAAAGAGAUGACACAAAGCACUUUUUCCAUUUUCAUCAAUCAUUCUGUACACAAGUCUAAUUUUAUAAUCAACUUUACAAUUGAAUGUUAUAAUAAAUGAAACUAUCUGGGCAAUUUAAUGAAAUGUAUUCAGCUUGGCACUUAUUCAAAGUAGUCUGUUAAUUAUCAUGGCCUGAUGUUUCCAAAAUAUGUGUUCCGUGUAGUCAAAAUACUGAAAUGAAAUGUAA